AUGUUGGCAGUUUCUGAAGAGGCAAAAGCACUUUAUGUUAUUUAUAGAGGAUCGACUAUUGAUAGACAACUUUUUCAAGAAUUUAUUCAUGGAAUAGCAGCUCAAUUAGGUGCCUGGGAAAAAUUUGUGAAUGGCUCUGGGGUUAUGACAUAUUUUCAUGGAGCUUUUAGACGUCUUUUUCUUGAAGGGGGAAUGAAAACACAAUUAUUAAAAUUAAAAGAAAAACAUGAAGGAUAUCGUAUUUGGGUAACUGGCCAUUCAUUGGGUGGUUCUUUAGCUUCAAUGACUGCUUUAUAUUUAGUUAAUCAAACAAUGUUUUCACCUGAUAGAGUUAAAUUAGUAACUUUUGGAGAACCUAGAACUGGAAAUUUAAAUUAUGCUAAAGCUGUUGAAUUAAAUGUUCCUUUCCGUUAUCGAGUUAUUAAUAAAAAUGAUAUUGUAACUAAUAUACCUCAAUCUGUUGAUCCGGAUGGACUUUUAUUAACAUUAGGGGGUGCUGAACGACAACCAUAUUUUUAUCGUUUUGCUGUUCAUUACCCACAAGGAAUGGAAUCGAGAGAAGCUGAUUUUUUGGUUUGUGAGUAUCCAGAGGAUCACCAUUGCCGUCCUCUCCCAAUGGCAGUUGAUACUAGCGACCAUUUGAGUUAUUUUGGAAUAAAAUCUGACGAUUAUUUAAGGGCUGGUUGUCCAAGGGAUAUGCUUCUUUAA